UCUUUUGCUUCUUUCUUACUCAUUCUUCUCCCUCAAAUCCGCCGAUCUACUCUCUCUCUCUCUCUAUCUCCUUCUCGUCAGGAGCUAAGACUAAGGCCCCAAUUCCUCGCCAUGGGUUCCGCAUUGCAAAUAGCCAACAAAAACAUCGGCGUUUUAAUCUUUCUUCUAUUGUCAACCGCUUUAACGACGACCGACGCUUCAAUCCACAUCUACCAGAACCAACUCUUCAAUGAAGUCGGCAAUGCUUAUCUUCUUCCCGGCGGCAGUGAAGGACUCGCUGCCUCUCUAUCCUCCGACAACUCCGCCACCGAUGGCCGGUCUUUUAUUCGAUUUGAGAAUAUCACAUUCUGGAGGACCCAGGAUGCUGCAGAUGAGCAUUCCGACAUGGAACAUAGUACCGGGUUGAUACAAGCCGUGAUUUUUGAGGCUGCUGAUCGAAAUAAUAUUGGUGGUUCAGCUUAUGGUGGACAGAGGUCAAUUUGUUGCACCCCUGAUCUUGCUAAGCUUGAAGGUUGCAAGCAAGGUGAAGUCAUUAGGAUACCUUCUGCAACAGAUAUUAACUGGCCAAUUGUUUUAAACAUACAGUUCGGUGGAAACUACUUAUCGACAAGUAUGGAAAAUGCAGAGGUUCCCAUCACGAAAACUGGGAUGUAUAAUUUAUUUUUUAUAGCAUGUGAUCCGAAACUCAAGGGAACAGUAAUGAGUGGGAAGACAGUGUGGAAGAAUCCUGAUGGUUAUUUACCUGGGAGAAUGGCUCCAUUGAUGAAGUUCUAUGUGUACAUGGCAAUUGCCUAUGUGUUGCUUAGUGCCAUUUGGUUCUCCCAGUACAUGAGGUUCUGGAAAGAUAUCCUGCAACUUCAGCACUGCAUCACUGCUGUCAUUGGUCUGGGUUUGUUUGAAAUGAUAUUGUGGUAUCUGGAAUAUGCAAAUUUUAACAAUACAGGAAUGAGGCCUGUUGUAAUUACAACUUGGGUUGUGACAGUUGGAGCUAUAAGAAAAACACUUUCUCGACUUCUCAUACUUUCUGUUUCAAUGGGUUAUGGUGUUGUACGCCCAACUUUAGGUGGUAUUACCUCAAAGGUGCUUCUCCUCGGAAUAACUUAUUUUUUGGCAUCUGAAUUACUGGACAUUACCGAGUAUGUAGGGACCAUCAAUGACAUAUCAGGAAGAGCAAGACUCUUCUUAGUCCUUCCUGAUGCAUUCCUGGAUGCAUUUUUGAUAUUGUGGAUUUUUACAUCUCUUUCAAAAACACUGGAGCAGUUACAGGCAAAGAGGAUAUCAGUAAAGUUGGACCUCUAUAGGAAAUUCUCAAAUGCAUUAGCUGUGGCAGUGAUUGCUUCAGUCGCAUGGAUAACUUAUGAGGUAUACUUCAAAGCAACAGAUCCUUUCAACGAGAGGUGGCAGAGUGCUUGGAUCAUCACAGCUUUCUGGGACAUUCUUUCAUUUGUACUACUCUGUGUUAUUUGCUACCUUUGGGCUCCAUCUCAAAGCUCCCAGCGGUAUGCAUACUCAGAAGAUGUGGGAGAGGAAUUUGAUGAUGAAGAAGCUCAAUCUUUAACUAGGGGACAGUCUGAUGGGGAUGUCAGUUUAGUCAAGCAGGAGAGGAAGAAUGGAAAUGCUGGUGUCUCUGAUGAGGAAGAUGACUCAGAAGAGGAUAAGAGGGAAUAAAGCCGCUUGGUGGAACAUGAUCUUUAAUCAACCUUGUUCAGCAGUGCCAAACCACAUCAACCAGAGCCCCUGGGGCAACAAUUCUUCGAAAUAGCAUGCAAAGGGAACAAAUCCGAUACCAAAAAUUGAUCUUGCUUACUUCUGCCGUGGAUAGACAGCCUGGUAGAUUUUCUUCGUCUCUUUUGUCCAUAUAUUGUAGUAUUCUUUAAUUGUACAUGAGAAAAAGGGGGUCGCAAAUGCGCAAAUGGGUGCAUAGCGUAGAGAAUAAAACAGGUAUCGGAAUGGCAUUAUCCAAUCUCUCUGAUAUCCGGAUGCAUGAGAUCAGUUGUUGUAUGGUGUUUCUUCUUUGUAGUAAUAUUAGGUUUUGUGUGAUGUGAAAUUUUUGUUUACAUGAUUGAGAGAUGGGUCCAUUGCCAUAUCUCAUUUUGGGUGUUUUGACAGGGACAACUUGAUUUAUCAAGAAAGAUUUCUUAUGUUU